UUGUUUUGUUUCUUUAUUGCAACGAAUGAUUUUCAUUCUUUUUUUUUCUCCUUUUAAUUUUUAUGCAGAUUAUAUGUAUGAAAUCAGUAAUCAACACAUGGAAUGUUAGUUUCAACGAUGAAUAAUAAUAGUAAUAAUAAUCCAUUAAAUUAUUAUCGAGAGUCAAAUUUCACUCACUGUCAGGAUAUAGGUUUUAGUGAUUUGAAUAAUGAUUCAUGGAAAUGGGAUCUAUUAAAUAUGUCAUCUAAUUUAUUCAGAGUAGAGACGAUCGAACCAACAAGUCAGUCAUCAUCAAUGCAUUCUUCAAUGAGUGGCUCAACAUUAUAUCCAGUUGAAAAUUUUGAAAAUGUCAAUACAAAUAUUCGGAAAACAAUUACAGAGAAAAAUAUUUUUAGUGAAUUAUCAAUACAAAAGAAUCCUGAGUAUGUCAAUCAAUCUAAUAGUAAUAAUAAUAAUAAUAAUAAUAAUAAUAAUAAUAAUAAUAAUAAUAAUCAGCCAAUUGAUUUAACAAUGAAUCAUCACCAUCGUCAUGAGAAUCAAUUAAGUUAUGAGCAUACAACAUCAUUGUUUUACUCAAAAAUGGAACAUAAUACAAAUGAACGAUAUAUCAAUAGACUAUGUCCUGAUAAUUCAAAUCAAAGUGAUUCUGUAAUACUUCCAUGUUUAUUAUGUAAAACUAUUCAACAAUCUCCAUAUCAAUUAUUAAAUCAUUUAGAAAAUAUUCAUAAAAUCAAUUCAAAUCAAUUUACAACUGAACAUAGAAAUCCUGAAAAUAUUCCAGAAACAAAAUUUAACAUUGAACGACAACAACAACAACAGCACCAACAAACACAGCAAAUUGAUUCAUUAUUAAAACAAUCAAAUGUAAAUCAUAAAUUAAUUCUUACUGAUCAUUUAAUCAAUAAUUUGUAUAAAUAUUCUAAAAAUUUUACAAAUUAUUUCAAUCUAUUUAAUUUUAUAUAUAAAAAUUUAUUUUAUUCUUAUCAUAAGAAGACGGAUCAAACGGAACCAAUUACAUCCAAUUAUUUAAUAUCAUCUAAACACAUGAAAAAUCAAUUAGUUCAUUAUGAAAAUGAUCGGUUAGUACAAGUUGAACCAUUUUCUAAUGUUAAUCUUAAUCAAUUAAAUAUAUUAGAUGAAAAUAAUCAAUCAAAUAUAUUAUGUAAUCAUCAGAAUAAUACAAUAAAUGAAAGUGUUAUAUCUAAUGAAUUAUCCUUAGAUAAAAAUUCAUUUUAUUGUUUAAAUAACGAUAAAAAGUUUAUGAAACAAUACAAUAUAGCUUAUAGUUCUAAAGAUAUUUCAGAGAAAACUGCUUAUCUGAAUCGAAAUUUUAUUAAUCCAAUUAACAAUACUACUACUUAUAAUAAUAAUACUGGGGUAAAAAAACAAACAUCCAAGUUAAUAGCUCAUUUAAGACGUGAUAUAUGUGAAUAUUGUGGUAAAAUAUUUCGAAAUUGUAGUAAUUUAACUGUACAUCGACGUAUACAUACAGGUGAAAAACCAUAUCAUUGUAAUAUAUGCACAUAUUCAUGCGCUCAAUCAUCAAAAUUAACAAGACAUAUGAAAAUACAUAGUAAACAACAAAAAAUUUGCAAAUUAAAAACAUCUAAUUCUGAAUAUUCAGUGAAACAGUUAAAUAAAACAAAACAUAAUUGUAAACAGUGUAAUAAAAGUUUAACAUCUCAUAAAUAUGAACGUCAUUUAGAAGCAUGUAAAUAUGUUAUUUGAAAACUAAUGAAUACACGAGUAUGUUAUUUCAUAGAUAAAAAACAAGUAUACAAAAUUCCCCAUAAGUAAUCUGAAGAUAUCAGUCUUACCAGAGCAAGAGUCGAUAAGUUCUUACUUGAGCGCCAAUGUAAUAUUUAUCAUUAAAACAAGGCUUGAUCAUUUUUCUUCCAAACUCAAUUAUUUAUGUUUAUUUGUUUUACUACUUAUUUCCAAACGAGUAGGCAAAACAAUAUGUAUUUUUGUAAUCUUUAUACAUUAUGGUGAUUAGUAUAUACAGAAUGUUGUAAUUUCUUUUAGUUGAA